GUUGAAUCAAGGAUAACUAUUCACGACACAACAGUAAACAACAAACGCUUUACGGCAGUAAAAAAUGGCUUCUCGCUUUAGCGGUGUGCUGCAGUUGACAGAUCUCGAUGAUUUUAUCACUCCCUCUCAGGAAUGCGUCAAACCUGUGAAAAUAGAAAAAAAACAUGGCAAAUCUGUGGCCAAAAUUCAGAUAGAAGAUGAUGGCAGUUAUGUCCAGGUCAACAAGGAUGGAGGGAAACAGAAGCUGGAGAAAGCAAAGAUCACACUGAAUGACUGUUUGGCCUGCAGUGGCUGCAUCACCUCAGCUGAGAGCGUCCUUAUCACACAGCAAAGCCAUGAGGAGCUCCUAAAAGUGCUUCAAAACAACAAGGCCAAUGAUGCAGAGCAUAAGGUGGUGGUGGUGUCAGUGUCACCGCAGUCCAGAGCCUCCAUCGCUGCACACUUUGAACUCAGCAGUACUGAGGCAGGCAGGAGGCUUACUUCUUUCUUUAAAGGCAUUGGGGUUCAUCAUGUUUUUGACACAAGCUUUAGUCGGACCUUCAGCCUGCUAGAGAGCCAGAGAGAGUUUGUGGAGCGUUUCCAUAGGAAAGAGCAGGACAGCAAGUCUCUGCCCAUGCUGACAUCGGCCUGUCCAGGUUGGAUUUGCUAUGCAGAGAAGACCCAUGGGGAGUUUAUCCUUCCUUACAUUAGUACCACUCGCUCCCCCCAGCAGAUGAUGGGUUCUCUGGUUAAAGGCUAUUUUGCUGAACAACAGGGGCUGACUCCACAGCAGAUCUACCAUGUGGCAGUAAUGCCCUGCUUUGACAAGAAACUUGAGGCCUCAAGGCCAGACUUCUACCUAAAUGAAGCAGAGACUCGAGAAGUAGACUGUGUCAUAACAUCUGGAGAGGUUCAAAAAAUGCUGGAGGAGAAAAAUGUAUCGCUGAACGAUGUGGAACCUGCUCCCCUAGAUACAAUGUUCAGCAAUGUGAGUGAAAGUGAGUUCCUGAGCCAUUCUGGGAGUGGGUCAGGGGGUUACCUCCAUCAUGUCUUCACCUACGCUGCCAAGCAGUUGUUUAGAGAGGAGGUUAAGGAGCUCACUUACAAAACCCUCAGGAAUAAAGACUUCCAGGAAGUGACUUUAGAGAAAGAUGGAGUUGUCCAGUUGAGCUUUGCUUCCACAUACGGCUUCCGCAACAUCCAGAACCUGGUGCAGAAACUCAAGAGGGGGAAGUCGCCUUACCACUUUGUGGAAGUAAUGGCAUGUCCGUCAGGCUGUCUAAAUGGCGGAGGACAGGUGAAGCCCUUACCUGGUCAGAACCCAAAGGAGAUUCUCCAGAAGGUCGAGGAUCUUUACAAGGCAGAGCGCCCACUAUCGCCAGAAGAGGAUACCCGUGUGGCAGAGCUGUACCAGUCGUGGCUGCACAGUGUAGGGGAGGAGAGAGCCAAAGAGCUGCUGCACACACAAUACCACACUGUGGAGAAGAUGACUAAUGGACUUAUCAUGAAGUGGUGAAGAAAGCUUUUUUUUAUAAUCCAUGAUUAGCAAAGAGUAACACCACAGAACCGUCCAAAUAAGUGUGACUUCUGGUAAAUUGAAAGAUGGAGGGUUUAGAUAAUACAAACAUGAUCAUUUGCCCUUAUACUGCUGAUAGUCCUUUCAAAUGUAUAAAUAGUAAAACAUUUGUGUGGCAGCUGAAAUAACAGAGCUAAAUAUAAUCAUUCCUUGUUUAUUUAACCUUAUGAUUGUGUAUUAAAAAAUAAAGACUUUAUUUAAUUAUA